ACCGCCCAAUGGAGGCUGGGGGCGGACCUCAGACUCGCUAUGCGGGUUGCGGGGCCUGGGGGCCGGGCGGCUGUUUCCUGUCCUGGUGCAUGGUGGUCGGACGAAGGAAUUGUUGGAAAAUUUUCUCGGAGGUUGAAAAUGUUGUUAGCCCAAAUAAAUCGAGAUUCUCAGGGAAUGACAGAGUUUCCUGGAGGAGGAAUGGAGGCUCAACAUGUUACCCUGUGCCUGACAGAGGCAGUAACAGUGGCAGAUGGUGACAAUUUAGAAAAUAUGGAAGGUGUAAGCUUGCAAGCAGUAACACUUGCAGAUGGUUCUACCGCUUAUAUACAACACAAUUCUAAAGAUGGAAAACUCAUAGACGGCCAGGUCAUUCAGUUGGAGGAUGGUUCUGCUGCCUAUGUUCAGCAUGUACCCAUACCUAAAAGUACAGGGGACAGUUUGCGUUUAGAGGAUGGCCAAGCAGUGCAGCUAGAAGAUGGAACUACGGCAUUUAUUCAUCAUACCUCUAAAGAUAGUUAUGACCAGAGCGCAUUACAGGCAGUUCAGCUGGAAGACGGCACCACAGCAUACAUCCACCAUGCAGUACAAGUCCCGCAGUCUGAUACCAUCUUGGCAAUUCAGGCUGAUGGGACAGUGGCAGGUCUGCACACUGGGGAUGCCACGAUUGACCCUGACACCAUCAGUGCUUUGGAACAGUAUGCAGCAAAGGUAUCCAUUGAUGGAAGUGAAAGUGUAACAGGUACUGGAAUGAUAGAAAAUGAACAAGAGAAAAAAAUGCAGAUUGUCUUACAAGGACAUGCAACAAGAGUAACUGCUAAGUCCCAGCAGAGUGGAGAAAAGGCAUUUCGAUGUGAAUAUGAUGGAUGUGGAAAAUUAUAUACAACAGCUCAUCAUCUUAAGGUCCAUGAGAGAUCACACACGGGAGACCGGCCCUAUCAGUGUGAGCAUCUAGGCUGUGGGAAAGCAUUUGCAACAGGUUAUGGACUAAAAAGUCAUGUCAGAACUCAUACAGGAGAAAAGCCAUACCGAUGUUCAGAAGAUAAUUGUACUAAGUCUUUCAAAACUUCAGGAGAUCUACAGAAACAUAUCAGAACUCAUACAGGAGAAAGGCCCUUUAAAUGUCCCUUUGAAGGCUGUGGUCGGUCUUUUACAACAUCAAAUAUCAGAAAAGUGCAUAUUAGGACACACACAGGAGAAAGACCUUAUUACUGCACAGAACCAGGAUGUGGGCGGGCAUUUGCCAGUGCAACCAAUUAUAAAAAUCACGUGAGAAUACACACAGGUGAAAAGCCAUAUGUUUGUACAGUCCCUGGGUGUGACAAAAGGUUUACAGAAUAUUCCAGUUUGUACAAACAUCAUGUUGUUCACACUCAUUCCAAACCAUACAACUGUAACCACUGUGGGAAGACCUACAAGCAGAUCUCCACGCUGGCCAUGCACAAGCGGACGGCCCACAAUGACACUGAGCCCAUUGAGGAAGAGCAGGAGGCCUUCUUUGAGCCUCCUCCAGGUCAAAGUGAAGAUGUCCUUAAAGGGUCCCAGAUCACAUAUGUUACAGGUGUGGAAGGGGAUGAUGUUGUGUCUACACAAGUAGCCACAGUAACCCAGUCGGGAUUGAGUCAACAAGUUACACUCAUAUCCCAGGACGGGACUCAGCAUGUCAACAUAUCUCAAGCUGACAUGCAAGCCAUUGGCAAUACUAUCACAAUGGUAACGCAGGAUGGCACACCCAUCACAGUCCCGGCUCAUGAUGCAGUCAUCUCUUCAGCAGGAACACACUCUGUUGCUAUGGUUACUGCGGAGGGCACAGAAGGGCAGCAGGUUGCGAUUGUGGCUCAGGACUUGGCAGCAUUCCACACUGCCUCAUCGGAAAUGGGGCACCAACAGCACAGCCAUCACCUAGUAACCACGGAAACCAGACCCCUGACCUUAGUGGCAACAUCCAACGGCACCCAGAUUGCAGUUCAGCUUGGAGAACAGCCAUCUCUGGAAGAAGCCAUUAGAAUAGCAUCUAGGAUCCAACAAGGAGAAACGCCAGGGUUGGAUGAUUAAUCCUCAGAACAGUGGAACAUUACUACAGCAGGAGGAGCCUUUCAUCUUCAGGCAGCAGACAUCCAUGAACCCGGGUCCAGGAAAAUUAGAACUUUUCCAUUCCUGAAAUACUGUACACAAUUUUAUGCAAGAGUGAGAACAUUUUAUUCUUGACACUUUUGUGUAUAUAAUUCUUGGAAUAGAUUCCCAAACUGAUUCAUUGUGUACAAGGAUGUAUGAAAUUAGGGCAAUACAGUAAAUUUUCAUAUUACUCUUUUAUCAGUUGGCAAACUCCUAGAGUCUACAUGCAAGAUUGGUGGAGUCUAAUGGAGCCUUACAAUGGAUUUUUAACUUACUGUGAAAAAAAUAAAGGCUGUAUCUAAAACGUUAAAGGUUCUAUACUUUAAACAAUCAAUUCCAAAAGCCAUCAUAGAUAAUAACGGAUAUAAAGCCUUUGAAUAUUUCCCCAAGUUAAGAGGGUGUCUGCAGUUUUUGUUCUACUGUAUUCUUGUAUGUUUUUAUUUGUACCUCACGGUUUGAAGACCAUUCAUUACAGUUUUCCAUCCCUGUUAAAAUAUCAACUCUUCAAGUGGAAAUGCUAAUUAAAUUGAAUUGGAUCCAUCACAUUGGAUUAUGUAUAAAAUGACAAAGUUUGGUUAUUUAAAAUUAAAAAGUUAAAUCCAGUGCUUUGGUUUUGUUAAAGAUUUUACUUAGCGUUCAGUUUUUUGUUAAUGUUUUUAAAAAAUAAUGAACUAUCAAAGUUUGACCACAGGCUGGAGCCCGGGAUAACAGUGCUGUAAUUGAAAAUGGCUUUACUCUGAAAAUUAGGUUAGUGGGUUGGUGUAAAUUAUUUAUUUUUGCUUAUGUACUUUUGUUUUAAAGCUUAUUUACCCUAAAGUUUAUUAUUAAUUUUGAAUACAGCAAUUUUUUAAAUGUUA